AUGCAGAACUUUUUUGGGUGGCUCGCGCACGGCGGCGCCGUCCAGCUCCCGCGGGCCAGCCAUCCGGUCGUCCACCCCGCUCCGCCGCCUCCCGUUCCGGAUGCUGCGGCACAGGCGCAGCCGCAGGGACAGGGCCCGCCCCCGGCAGAGGGACAGGGGCAGGCGGUGGCCCCGGCUCCGGCUCCGGCUGCGGCGGCGGAGGUGGAGGACGCGAACGCGAACGCGCCGCCGCCCGGGGUGGUGAUGGUGGACCUGAUGGGGGCGCCGGGGACGCGCUGGGGGCUCGGCACCCGCCUCGCGCAGGCGCUCCUCGCGGCCGCCGCCAUCGGCUUCAUGGCCUCCACCGACGACUUCAACGAGGUCACCGCCUUCCGCCUCCUCGUAACAGCAGAGGCCUUGCAAUGCCUGUGGAGCCUCGCUCUGGCCGCCGUUGACGUCUACGCACUUCUUGUCAAGCGCGCCUUCCGGACUCCUCGAGCUACCACCAUAUAUUCCAUUGGGGACUGGGUCACGGGAGCACUGACCUUCGCUGCAGCGAGCGGAUCGGCAGGCAUCACCGUUCUCAUCAACGACGACCUGAUGAUGUGCUCGGAGAACCACUGCCCGAGCUUCAUGGCCUCCACCUCCAUGGCUUUCUUCACCUGGUUCGCGAUCGCGCCGUCCUGCCUCUUUAACCUCAUGACAGCGGUGUACCGAGUGCAGAGGGCGUAG